UUAGGAGGGGCGUUUCCGUCAUUCUGAAAUCCCACUCUCCCGCCAUUCUUGAUCUUCAGCCCCAAACUUUGAGUCUCUGAUCUUUCUGCAACUCAGUAGUUCAAUCUUCGAAUAAUUCACAGAAAAGAAGCAAGAAAGAGAAGAAGAAGAAGAAGAUGAUAAUUCAAAUGUUUGGAGUGUUUGAAACACACACAUUGAGGAAACUCAGCUUUCUGGUGUUUCUACUCUGCAUUUUGAUCUCUCUCAAGAACCACAAUGCGGAAACUAAGAACAGUUUGCAAACUGCUAGAUUGCCUCCACCUGAUUCCUCUUCGAUUUUCUCUCGACGGUUGUCUCUUUCUGCCAACUUCGGUGAUUCUAGAUCGCUAGAAUAUGAUUUCUACCGCAACUCAUGCCAACCAGCAGAGCAAAUCAUUCGGACAAUGAUUCGGCGGUUGUACGAAGUCCGGCCCAAUGUCGCUCCUGCACUCUUGCGACUUGUUUUCCAUGAUUGCUUUAUUGAGGGAUGUGAUGCAUCGCUAUUGUUGGAUGCGGUUAAUGGAGUCCGUUCAGAGAAAGAUUCUCCCCCUAAUGAAACUCUAAAGGGCUUUGAUAUAAUUGACUCCAUCAAGGCAGAGCUGGAAGCAGCAUGCCCUGGAAUUGUUUCCUGUGCUGACAUUCUUGUAUUGGCUGCCAGAGAAGUUGUUGUUCUGGCUGGUGGCCCAUUCUACCCUCUGGAUACCGGCAGGAGAGAUAGCAGUCGGGCUUUUGCAGAUGCAGCAACAUAUGGGAUCCCUUCGCCUGAUGAAGAGCUACGAACAACUCUUGCAUCUUUUGCAUCAAGGGGAUUCAAUGAGAAGGAGACUGUCAGUCUCUUAGGUGCUCACAGUAUUGGAGUGGUUCACUGCAAAUUCUUCCUAGACCGUCUUUACAACUUCCAUGGGACCAACAGGCCUGACCCAUCUUUAGAUUCUGGUUUCCUUGAGCUCAUGAGAUCAAGAUGCAAUAACAGCCAUAGAACAGCACCACCAGAAUCACCAAUUUCCUUCAAUAUUCAACCGCCAUUUUCCUUUGAUGGCUUACCAUUACCUUCCUUUAAUAGCUCACUACCUUCCUCCCCUGAGGAGCCAGGCAUGGUAAUGGACUAUGAUGGACUGAGAUCAAAUUUUGGGACACUAUAUUACCGCAGUCUUUUGCAAGGAAGAGGAAUCCUCUAUGCUGAUCAACAGCUAAUGGCUAAAGAGGGAACUGAAAGCUGGGUAAGAGCAUAUGCUUCAGAAAACACCUUGUUCCGCCGGGACUUUGCCAUAACAAUGAUGAAGCUCUCAAACCUCCAAGUAUUGACUGCACCAUUGGGUCUUGUUCGGCUCAAUUGUUCGAAGGUGGGCUGAUACGGAGAGAGGGUGCUGCACCCACUUGUAGCUACCCAGAAAGCCUCUUGUACUGAUCUGAAAUGUACCAAUACUUGAAUUGUUUCUGUUGUUAAAUUUUUGAUUUAGCUACUAGAUUACAUCAAUGGCUGUUGAUACUUUUCCAUUGGAUGAAAUAAAUGGUGUGGAUGAACAGAUUUAUGAGUCCCUUUAUUGCACUUCAUCAGUUAGACUACAAUGAAACAUUCUUCUCA